AUGUCGUCCGUGGGCGGCUGCCGCCCGCUCAAAAUAGCGAGCUCUUCCGAACGCCGUCGAACACCGAAUGUUACCGAAUACGCUCUCUCUUUCGUACUUACGCAGCUUGAUGAUUGCCUUUCACUUACGCGACCAGCUGAGUAUCAAAACAAAGAAGCGAGACGCACGGUCGCCGCUCCCUCUCGCCGGCCGGCCGGUGUCGCGCUAUACGCACGCCAGUUCUCGUUUGAACGGUGUCUAUUGAGGUUGUCCGCAGCUAGCUUGCGCGCAAAGUUUACAGCCGCGAAAGGGUUUUCCUUUGUCCCGAUCUUCGAGGACCUUGCCCUCGUAUUAUGUUUCCGCGCGAGAACAGCGAUCAACCUCGGCCUAUUGAGGAGCCGGACCUAA